GCACUGUAGUUUUCUUGGAACAAGUAUAAGCAUACAUGGCUCCUGGUGUCUCAAAUGAGAAGAAAACUGAUGAUGGACAGUCUUCAAAAGAGAAUUUUAUCCAUCUCUGCAACCCUCACCUGGAGAAAAUGAAAGAAGACAUCCUGUACCAUUUUGCUCUUGGGACCAGUACCCAUGAUUUCCCAGCAUUGUUUGGAGAUGUAAAGUUUGUAUGUGUUGGAGGAAGUCCUUCACGGAUGAAAGCUUUUAUCACCUACAUAGCUGAAGAACUGGGGCUUGGGAGCCCUGGUUGUGACUAUCCUAACAUCUGUGCGGGAACCGACCGUUAUGCAAUGUACAAAGUGGGACCUGUUUUGUCAGUCAGUCACGGUAUGGGCAUUCCUUCUAUUUCAAUCAUGUUGCACGAGCUGAUCAAACUGUUGUAUCAUGCCAAGUGUUCCAACAUAACCAUUAUUCGCAUUGGCACCUCUGGUGGAAUAGGUCUGGAGCCAGGCUCAGUGGUUAUAACUAGGCAGUCUGUAGAUGCCACCUUCAAACCUCAGUUUGAACAGGUUAUUCUGGGAAAGACUGUAAUUCGUAGUACAAACCUAGAUGAAGAGCUAGCUAAGGAACUGAUGCAGUGCAGUAAAGAAAUCGGUCAAUUCAAUACAGUCAUUGGAAACACUAUGUGCACUUUGGAUUUCUAUGAAGGACAGGGAAGGUUGGAUGGUGCAAUCUGCUUAUAUAAUGAAGAAGAGAAACUGCAAUAUUUGAAGGAAGCUUAUGAUUCUGGUGUCAGAAACAUAGAGAUGGAGUCUUCUGUAUUUGCUGCAAUGUGUAAUCUUAGUGGUGUCAAAGCUGCCGUAGUGUGUGUUACUCUUCUGAAUCGGCUUGAAGGGGAUCAGAUUAGUAGCUCACAUGAUGUACUUGUGGAGUAUCAGCAGAGACCACAGAAGUUAGUGGGAUAUUUCAUUAAAAAAAGUCUUGGGAAAGUAUGAAAUGGUCCAUCUUCGUUUUAUACAAGGCAGCUUCUGCACAGCUGAAGUCACGGUCACAACUUUUGUGUGUUAAAAGAUCUUUUGCCUCAGAAUACCUUACUGCAUUCCGUAUGUCUGUGGAAGUUAAUCAUUUAUGUCACUGUGCUUUGGAAACUGAAUGUGCUGAAUGGACUUCAGUUAAGUUUUGCUUAGUUAUGCGUUGCUGGAUAAAAGACUCACUUUUCUGUGAAUUGGAAAGUGGAUCUGUUGUGAAGGACACGUGCUGUAAUACAUGAAAAAGUUUUAUUUAUCCAUGCUAUAAAAGGAAAACUAAGAUGAAAAUCAGUCUUUAUUGUCAAGUACUUGCAAACCACCACAUUAAAGUUAACAAGAAUGAUAAUCCCUUUCUCGUUAUAAAAAAAUAUAUAAAUUAUAAUUGUCUAUUGCUUCACUUGUAAAGAAAAAGUGAAUACAGUUUAUAUUUUGUAAACUUUGACAAAUAAACAAUACAGUUUUCAUAUAUUAAAAUCUCACAAAAUUGCAAAGUAUGGGACUGAAUUUUCUAAGCAUUAAGGACUUGACACUGAGCUGCUGAAUAACUGUACUUACUAGACACUGAUCCAGCAAGGUCAUUCAUAUCCCAUUUUAACUAUACAAUCAAAUCAAUACCCAGGAAACAUUUAUGCAUUAAGUAAUUUUGCAUUAAAGAACUUGAAAUCUUUUGCUGAAUCAAGGCUUCUGUUUACUGAAGAGGAGCCAAAGGCAUUCAGGAGAUGCACAUCAUGUUCACAGGACUGCAUUAUGGUAGUUAGUCUUUUUUUCCUCUGUUUAUUUUUAAAGUGUUUUUUAUGUCUGUGUUUUCAGGACAUAACACUCACUGUUGCAGUGGUUCCCAGUUCUGAAGAACUGCAGAAUACCUAUUGACUGUACAUGCCAUCAAAACCAUUUCUGCAUUUUUUUUCCACUACCAUGGAUUUUUUUUUCAAUCAUACUUACCACUGCUUUGCUGCUGUGGUUAGAAUAUGAAUAUGUGGUCAGCUAAAGAAAAAUGUGUUUAUCUGGGUUUUUUUUUCUACUGCCGUGGAGGGUCCAGUCCUCCCAGGAGUCACAGGUCAAAAGGCUCUGAAUAAACUCUCAGAACAGCUGUCUCUGAUCCAGCUAGUGAGAUUUUCUUUUCAAGUAUUGUAGUCUGCAACACUGUUAACAAGCGUAAGAGUUAGAUCGAGGAGGGAGUGAUGUAGUAGUAAGCACAUUCACCAAGAAGUGGCAGAAUCCGGAAACAAUGUGAUGAAAACAUUAAAAAAGGAAGGGGUGACGCUUGUGAACAGGAAAUUGCCAGUGAGGAUUAGUCUCCUUAAGUCUGAUGAAUUUUCAACUAGAGAACAGAUAAAAAGAUAGAAACAUUAGAUUUUUUUUUUUUUACAUUUACUAAUUUAGUCUUCCUAUAAAUUUUAAACCACAUUUUCUUAUUUAUGCUCAGGAUAUACAAUUAAUCUAAGUUUUCAGAGAAAGUCUUUUUGUCCAUAAGCUUAAGGGAAGGAGUCAUGAGUGAAAGACUCCACAUUUUGUUUGAACUGUUUCUCCCCUAUUUAAAAAAAAAAAUUUAAAAAAAUAUCUGUGCUUAACUAUGCCUAGUGCUUGCCUGGCCAUUGCACAAAGCCCUGCUAGAUCCCUUGGGAAACAUGCAACAAAGCACAUCCUCUCUCUGCAACCUCCUGUUCCCAGAACAGUAGUAAGGAGAUAAAAAGGAGAUCACUUAAGCAACAUGCUGUACUGUAGGCUGAAGAAAAGCUAUGCCAGAUUGACCAGUAUGGGUUUGGAGGAGAUGGUUUGCUGCUGUAAAAUCUUUAUUAUGAAUUAACCUGAAGAGGAGAAAAAGUACAAAAGUACUUUUAUCAAGAAGACAAAGAAACACCUAAUGUGGCUCUAUGGCGCUUUGGGGAAGCAUAUUAUUGCAGUUGCCCUGAGGUAUGAAUCUGAAAUAGUGUGAUUUGUAUUUUGAAAGGAAGGACAGCAAGAAUCUGGAAACCAGUUAAAAAGAAAAAGUUCUUCAAUUGUUUUGAAGUUGUUUUGAACUGACAACUGAAACUGCAAAGGUUUUGUAUUUAAGUCAUAUAAAGUAGUCACUUCUAUUUUGAUAACUAAUAUGAAAACUCUUAGGUGCUCCAUGCUGAAAUAUAACUAGCGUUGUAGCCUGCCUCAGUUGGAGCUAAGGUUCAAGCAUUCAUGAGUGAUGCAACAACUCUAUUAAAUUGAUACACAAGGCCCUAGCAGAAACCCCUGGAAGACUUCAGCUAUUCACUUUUUUUUGCCAGCAUGUCUCUUAUCCUUCCCACUGUUCCUAGGACAUUGUACGUUUCUUUCUGCUAAAAUAUUUUCCUUUGCUUCCUAACAGAUGAAGUAAAGGGAUAUAU